AUGGCUCUCCUCUUUGCUUCUAAAAACCCAUCAUUUCUCAUUCUCUUCUUUUUAUCAUCUCUUCUCUUUCUCAAUACCCAACAAUGCAGCCAUCAUCACUUCUCUGCCCACCUCAAGCAUCGUUUUAACUUCACUACUUCCACCCUCUCUACUCUCCCCUCUUGGAAUUCAAACAAUGCCGAUUGCUGCUCUUGGGAAGGCAUCACGUGCGAUGGACCCACUGGUCACGUGAUCAGCCUCGACCUCAGUGAGCUCCAUAUCUCUGGUCGGAUUGAUUUUGAAAGCCUCUUUCGCCUUCGAAGCCUGCAGAAGCUCAACCUCGCUUACAAUGAUUUUGAUGGCUCUCCAAUCCCAUCUGGGUUUGACCAGCUCACCAGUUUGACCCAUCUCAACCUCUCUUGGUUAUCCUUUUAUGGCCAAAUCCCACUGGAAAUCUCCCGCUUGACCACUUUGGUUUCUCUCGAUCUUUCUUUCAAUCAAUAUAACAAUGGUUCUGGAUAUCAAUACCUGAAACUCGAAAACCCAAGCAUUGGAGCAGUCGUCCAAAACCUGUCCAAUCUGAGUGAACUCUAUCUGGACUUGCUCCAUUUCCUAUCCGAACUCGACCUCAGUGGAAACAAUCUCUCCUCUGCAGUCCCCAAUUUCAUAGGGAACUUAUCCUCCUUGACGUCCCUGUUCCUUCCAGAGUGUGGAUUGCAUGGAAAAUUCCCUGAGAGUGUUUUCCAGCUGCCAAAUCUACAAAACAUUGAAAUAUCAGGCAAUCCACUUGUAGCUAUCAAUUUGCCGGAGUUCCCUCAAAACAAUACUCUACGGCAAUUGAUCCUUUCAGACACUGGAUUAUCAGGAAAGUUACCAGAUUCUCUCGGUAAUCUCAAAUUCUUGAGUAAAUUAGACCUCAGAAAUUGCAACUUGUCAGGAUCAUUACCAUCCUCACUUUUGAACCUUACCAAACUGCAAUAUCUGGAUCUUUCAUCCAAUAAAUUGAGCGGCCCAAUUCCUUCUUCAUAUGGAAACGAGCUUCUGAAUCUCAAUCAGAUCAGCUUAGGGAAUAAUUUGCUUAAUGGGACCAUUCCAUCAUCAUUGCUUUCACUCCCAUCAUUGUAUAUGUUGGUUCUCUCAGGUAACCAACUUAGUGGUCAACUUGGCGAGUUUCACAAUGCCUCUUCUUCACAGCUGGAGUUCCUCUAUCUUUCAUCCAAUAAAUUGCAGGGGAUGAUACCCAGAUAUAUCUUUCAACUUAUCAAGCUUGAAGACCUAGACAUUUCUUCCAAUAAUUUCAGUGGUGUUGUGGAGCUAGGCUUAUUUCAAAACCUCAAAAAUCUUAACUCUCUGGAUCUUUCAGAUAACAACUUGUCAGUCCAAUAUGGCAGUGGUAAUUCCACAUUUGUUUCCAUCCCCCAGUUUCAAUCUUUGUUUUUACGUUCUUGCAACAUCAGCACAUUUCCAAAUUUCUUGAGAAAUCAAGUGCAGUUGAUGGAACUGGACCUUUCCUACAAUAAAAUUAGUGGUGAAAUACCCAAAUGGAUAUGGGAGGUUGGCAAUGGGUCUAUAUACUCUUUAAAUCUUUCUCACAAUGUUCUGCAGGGAAUGGAACCAUCUCCCCAUCUUUUGUUGAGUGACUUGAUAUUCCUUGACCUUAGCUCCAACAAGCUAGAAGGCUCACUUCCUAUCCCACCACCCUUCAUCUAUUUCUUUUCAGUUUCAAACAAUAGGCUUGGUGGUGAAAUCCCUCGAUCAGUUUGCAAUGCAACAUCCCUAAUAGUCCUUGAUUUGUCUUACAAUCACUUCGUCGGUCGAAUUCCACUAUGUUUGGAUGAGAUUGGUGAUAGCCUUGGUGUGUUGAAUCUUCAAGGAAAUGCUUUCAAUAGCACCUUACUUCAGACAUUUAAAGAGGGAUGUAACAUACAAACGCUUGAUCUCAGUUGGAAUCAAUUAGAGGGCCAAGUGCCUAGGUCUUUGGCUAAUUGCAAAAUGUUGGAGGUAUUAAAUCUAGGCAACAAUCAAAUACAUGACACCUUCCCUUUUUGGUUGGGAACUUUGUUCCAGUUGCGUGUUCUCGUCUUGAGAUCCAACCAAUUUCAUGGCAACAUUGGGCAUCCUCUAACAAAUCACCCUUUCCCUCUCUUACAAAUUUUCGACCUCUCUUUCAAUAGCUUUGAGGGUAAUUUUCCAUCAAAUAUGUUCAAGAGUUGGAAGGCAAUGAUGGAUGAGGACAAAUCCCAAACUUUGGUCCUUAGCAAAAUGGUAAACGGAAGUUCCAUUUACUAUCAAAACAAAGUGUCUCUAGUCAUCAAAGGGCUACAGAUUGAACUAGUAAAGAUCCUUACGGCCUUUACUGUAGUGGAUCUCUCGGAGAACAAAUUUCAUGGAGAUAUCCCAAAAUCAAUUGGGGAUCUAAAGUCCCUCCUUGUGCUCAAUAUGUCCAACAAUGAUUUAACCGGCGGAAUUCCAACAUCACUUCAGAAUUUAAGGGAUCUAGAGUCAUUAGAUCUCUCACAUAAUAAAUUGUCUGGAGAGAUCCCUUGGCAGCUAACAGAUCUAACAUUCCUUGCAGUGUUGAAUCUCUCACAGAAUUUCCUCAUGGGAAAAAUACCACAAAGCCGGCAGUUUCUUACAUUUAACAGUGAAUCAUUCAAAGAGAACUUGGGAUUGUGUGGACCUCCACUAUCAAACAAAUGCGAAGAUGCAGAGAGUGCACCACCGUCCGCUUUGUCAACAUUGCAGUCUGAAAAGAAAUAUGAUUGGGAAUUAAUGCCUCCAGUUCCUCCUCCUCUGCGGCUUCUGAAGGAGAUGCUUGUUCUUCAGCAGAAUCAUUUAAUUCGAAAAAAGCAGGGCAUGAGAAACCAAAAGAAUAGAGAAGAUCUCUACCAUGUUUAA